CGGAAGCGCCGAGUCUCCAUGGCGGCGGCGGCGGGGCCGGUGCUCUGGAGGCGGCUGCUGGGCCUGCUGCCUGGCCGCCCGGGGCUGGCCGCGCUCCUCGGGCGCCUGUCCGACCGUCUGGGCAGGAACCGGGACCGCCGGUGCAGGAGGUCACCAUGGCUGCUGUUGGCUCCUUUGCUGUCCCCGACUGUCCCCCAAGUCACCUCCCCUCCUUGUUGCCUGUGUCCAGAGGGUGUGCACAGGUUCCAGUGGAUCCGAAACCUGGUCCCAGAGUUCGGGGUCUCCAGCUCCCACGUCAGGGUGCUUUCUUCCCCGGCGGAGUUUUUUGAGCUCAUGAAGGGCCAGAUCAAGGUGGCCAAGAGACGCGUGGUGAUGGCGUCGCUCUACCUGGGGACGGGUCCUUUGGAACAGGAACUGGUAGAUUGCCUGGAAAGCACUCUGGAAAAGUCACUCCAAGCCAAGUUCCCUUCAGACCUCAAGGUGUCCAUCCUCUUGGACUUCACACGGGGCUCAAGAGGUAGGAAGAACUCCCGCACAAUGCUGCUCCCGCUGUUACAGAGGUUUCCAGAACAGGUCCGCGUCUCUCUCUUCCACACGCCUAACCUCCGUGGGCUUCUCCGGCUCCUGAUCCCUGAGCGCUUUAAUGAGACGAUCGGCCUGCAGCACAUUAAAGUGUACCUCUUUGACAACAAUGUCAUCUUGAGCGGCGCGAACCUGAGCGACUCCUACUUCACCAACCGCCAGGACCGCUACGUGUUCUUGCAGGACUGCCCCGAAAUUGCGGACUUCUUCACGGAGCUGGUGGACGCAGUGGGGGACGUGUCCCUGCAGUUGCAGGGGGAUGACACAGUGCAGGUGGUGGAGGGGAUGGUGCACCCUUACAAAGGUGACCGGGCUGCAUACUGCAGGGCGGCCAACAAGAGGGUGAUGGAUGUGAUCAACUCGGCCAGGGCCCGCCAGCAAGUGCUGCACGCCCAGACCUUUCAUGGCGACUCCCUCUUGACUCAGGAGGACGCAGCAGCUGCCGGGGACCGGAGGCCAGCCCCCGAUACCUGGAUUUACCCAUUGAUCCAGAUGAAGCCUUUUGAGAUCCAGAUUGACGAGAUCGUCACGGAGACCCUGUUGACAGAGGCUGAGCGAGGAGCCAAGGUCUAUCUCACCACCGGCUACUUCAACCUGACCCAGGCCUACAUGGACCUGGUCUUGGGCACUCGGGCCGAGUACCAGAUCUUGCUGGCCUCCCCGGAGGUGAACGGCUUCUUCGGAGCCAAGGGGGUGGCGGGGGCCAUCCCGGCCGCGUACGUGCACAUCGAGCGACAGUUCUUCAGUGAGGUGUGCAGCCUGGGGCAGCAGGAGCGGGUCCAGCUGCAGGAGUACUGGCGGCGGGGCUGGACGUUCCACGCCAAAGGCCUCUGGCUGUACCUGGCAGGGAGCAGCCUGCCCUGUCUCACGUUGAUUGGCUCUCCUAAUUUUGGGUACAGGUCGGUUCACCGGGACCUGGAGGCCCAGAUCGCCAUAGUGACGGAGAGCCGGGCCCUGCAGCAGCAGCUUCACCAGGAGCAGGAGCAGCUCUACCUGCGCUCAGGUGUGGUGUCGUCCGCUACCUUUGAGCAGCCGAGUCGGCAGGUGAAGCUGUGGGUGAAGAUGGUGACUCCGCUGAUUAAGAACUUCUUCUGAGGACGACAGAAAGAAAUGGUAGAGAUCCGACACCGAGCAGCUAGUUCCUGCCUCUCUUGCCUCCCGAGCAGCCACUUUUGACUCUCCUGUUUCUUCUGACAUUUGCAUACUGGUCUGUAUUUCUAGAUAAUAUGCAUAUAUUGCCACCCCCCCAAAUAUAAAGUCUCAUAAAAAACCCCACCCCAAACCUUGUACCAGUAUUACCCCUGACUGAAACAUGCGCAAGAAUACCUUAGUGUCAUCAAAUACCCCGAACGUGCUCACAGUUUCAGUUCGCCUUAUAUUUUUUAUUUUAUUAAAAUUUUUCUGUGUGUUUGACUUGAGGUUCCGGGUAAGGUCCAGACCUUGUAUGAUAUGGUGAUGUGUCACCUAAGUCUCUUUUCAUCUGUGGGUUUCCCUCAUUUUUUUUUCUUUGCAAAUUUUUUAAGAAUGAACCUCAUUUUUGUUGCAUCUGCCUAAAACAUGGUUUGUGUCAUCUCACAGCAGGGCAUCUUCAAAACACGUAGCAUGUAGAUUUGUCACAGGCCAGGGUGCCCCCCUCUCCCCGCCACUGCCCUAUGUCUCCAGGAGCAGAUUUCAAAACCUUGCUGCCCAAUCUCUACAUCUCCAGGUGCUUGAACCUUCACAGAGAAAGACCUUCCUGAGAGAAGGCCUUCGGGCCCCAGGGUAUGGCAGCUCCUCCUUUGUCAGGGCGGGUUGCUUUCCACUCUGCACGUUGCCCUGGAAGCCGCUUCACGUGGCUCCCUCCCGAGGACUGGCGGCUGCCGAUGGUCCCCUUCGUGGGCUCUGGAAGGCGUGAUUGGCCUCGUCCGCACAGCCUGGCUGUGUGCAUGGGGUGCCCCAGUGCUGGGAGCCUCGGCGAAGGCUGAGAGUGAGUGCAGCCCCUCCCCGCCAGGGCCGGCAGAUCUGCAGGCUUUAGUGGGUGGGAAGCGGGUGGACUGGUGGCCGUGGCCACACUGCUCCGGGGCAGCAGCACGUCCGUUAACACUGUUUGUCUUCAAACUAGUUAUUAAAUUGUCCUGUGGGACAGUUAGACUAGAGAAGCCAAAAGAAUGUGCCAGGGCACUGGGUUUCUGUUUGGAGAGAGGCUUUUGGUAAACAGCGUUCACAUUCCUGCAGAUUCUGUGGGACCAGAGUCAACAUUGUGCCAUGGCCCGGCUUGAGCCCGGCUUGAGCAAUCGGGGCCUGUGUCCUCCAUGCUCAGCUGCUCCCUUUGUCUCUG